AUGGUGAAGAGGAAGAGCUCCGAGGGCCAAGAGCAAGACAGCGGCCGCGGCAUCCCCUUGCCCAUCCAGACCUUCCUGUGGCGGCAAACCAGUGCAUUUUUGAGGCCUAAACUGGGGAAGCAAUAUGAAGCCUCUUGUGUGUCCUUUGAACGAGUGUUGGUAGAAAACAAGCUUCAUGGCCUCUCUCCGGCCCUCUCUGAAGCCAUCCAGAGCAUUUCCAGAUGGGAACUGGUACAAGCUGCCUUGCCUCAUGUCCUCCACUGCACUGCAACCCUGCUGUCAAACAGAAACAAGCUAGGCCACCAGGAUAAACUGGGUGUCGCUGAGACAAAGCUCCUUCAUACCCUGCACUGGAUGCUCCUGGAGGCCCCCCAGGACUGCAACAGCGAGCGUUUUGGGGGCACAGACCGAGGCUCCAGCUGGGGUGGCAGCAGCAGUGCUUUCAUCCACCAGGUGGAAAACCAGGGUUCUCCAGGGCAGCCUUGCCAAAACAACUCCAAUGAUGAAGAAGAAAACAACCGACGGAAGAUCUUCCAGAACUCCAUGGCUACUGUGGAGCUCUUUGUGUUUCUGUUUGCUCCUCUGGUACACAGGAUCAAGGAAUCUGACCUCACGUUCCGACUGGCGAGUGGGCUUGUUAUAUGGCAGCCCAUGUGGGAGCACAGACAGCCCGAAGUCUCUGGCUUCACAGCACUGGUGAAGCCCAUCAGGAACAUCAUUACAGCUAAGAGAAGCUCUCCUGUCAACAGUCAAAGUCAGACCUGUGAAUCGCCAAAUCAAGACACAAGACACCGAGAGGGACUCCAGGUGGUCUCUGAAAUGUUCCAGUCAGAUUCCAUCUCACCCAAGGCCACCAUUUCAGGCUGCCACAGAGGAAACUCCCUUGAUGGAAGUCUGUCCUCCCAGACUUCCCAGGAAAGAGGACCAUCGCAUUCCAGGGUCUCUCUCGUGAUUCCUCCGUGCCAAAGGUCCCGCUAUGCCACCUACUUUGACGUUGCUGUUCUUCGCUGCCUACUCCAGCCCCAUUGGUCUGAGGAGGGCACUCAGUGGUCUCUGAUGUACUAUCUACAAAGGCUGAGACACAUGUUGGAAGAGAAGCCAGAAAAGCCCACAGAGCCGGAUAUUCCUCUCCUGCCCAGACCCAGAAGUAGCUCCAUGGUGGCGGCAGCUCCCUCACUAGUGAACACACACAAAACCCAAGAUCUCACCAUGAAGUGUAAUGAAGAGGAAAAAUCUCUCAGCUCUGAGGCUUUUUCCAAAGUUUCAUUGACCAACCUACGUAGGCCUGCAGUCCCGGAUCUUUCUUCAGACCUUGGCAUGAACAUUUUUAAGAAGUUCAAGAGCCGCAAAGAAGACAGAGAGAGAAAAGGUUCCAUCCCAUUCCACCACGCGGGGAAGAGGCGGCCUCGGAGAAUGGGAGUGCCAUUCAUGCUGCAUGAGGACCACCUGGAUGUGUCCCCCACCUGCAGCGCAUUCUCCUUCGGAAGUUUCUCUGGGCUUGGAGAAGACAGGCGAGGCAUGGAAAAAGGAGGCUGGCAAACCACCAUUUUAGGGAAAUUUACCCGGCGGGGCAGCUCAGACGCGGCCACUGAGAUGGAGAGCCUGAGCGGCAGGCACUCCCACUCUCAUCACACGCUGGUGAGUGACCUGCCGGACCACUCCAACAGCCAUGGGGAAAACACCGUCAAGGAAGUGCGAUCCCAGAUCUCCACUAUCACAGUUGCAACCUUCAAUACCACAUUGGCGUCAUUCAACGUAGGCUAUGCAGACUUUUUCAGUGAGCAUAUGAGGAAGCUCUGCAACCAGGUGCCUAUACCUGAGAUGCCACAUGAACCCCUGGCAUGUGCAAACCUGCCUCGAAGCCUCACAGACUCCUGCAUAAACUACAGCUACUUGGAAGACACAGAACAUAUUGAUGGGACCAAUAACUUUGUCCACAAGAAUGGCAUGCUUGAUCUUUCUGUGGUUCUGAAGGCUGUUUAUCUUGUCCUUAACCAUGACAUCAGUUCUCGCAUCUGCGAUGUGGCACUGAACAUUGUGGAAUGCUUGCUUCAACUUGGUGUGGUGCCCUGUGUAGAAAAGAACAGAAAGAAGAGUGAAAACAAGGAAAACGUGACUGUGGAAAAAAGAGCAAGUGAGGGAACGUUCCAGUUCAAAGGAGUAUCUGGAAGUUCCACCUGUGGAUUUGGGGGCCCUUCAGUUAGUGGAGCUGGAGAUGGAGGAGGAGAAGAUGGAAGAGGUGGUAAUGGAGGAGGUGGAGGAGGUGAUGGAGGUGGAGGUGGAGGAGGAGGAGGUGGCCCCUAUGAGAAGAACGAUAAGAACCAAGAGAAGGAUGAAAGUACGCCUGUAAGCAACCAUAGGCUUGCUCUAACCAUGCUCAUCAAAAUAGUGAAGUCUCUGGGAUGUGCCUAUGGUUGCGGAGAAGGACACCGAGGGCUCUCUGGGGAUCGUCUGAGACACCAGGUAUUCCGGGAGAAUGCCCAGAACUGCCUCACUAAGUUAUACAAGCUAGAUAAGAUGCAGUUCCGACAAACCAUGAGGGAUUAUGUGAACAAGGACUCUCUCAAUAACGUAGUGGACUUCUUGCAUGCCUUGCUAGGAUUUUGUAUGGAGCCGGUCACUGACAACAAGGCUGGGUUUGGAAAUAACUUCACCACGGUGGACAACAAAUCCACAGCCCAAAAUGUGGAAGGCAUCAUCGUCAGCGCCAUGUUUAAAUCCCUCAUCACACGCUGCGCUUCAACUACGCAUGAAUUGCACAGCCCUGAGAAUCUGGGACUGUAUUGUGACAUCCGUCAGCUGGUCCAGUUUAUCAAAGAGGCCCAUGGGAAUGUCUUCAGGAGAGUGGCCCUCAGUGCUUUGCUUGAUAGUGCUGAGAAGUUGGCACCAGGGAAAAAGGUGGAGGAAAAUGAACCGGAAUCUAAGCCUGGAGGUGGUAAAAGGUCAGAGGCAGGAAGCAUUGUGGAUAAAGGCCAGGUGACCUCUGCACCUGAGGAAUGUCGCAGCUUCAUGUCUGGUCGCCCCUCACAGACUCCAGAGCACGAUGAACAAAUGCAAGGGGGCAACAUGGGGAGGAAAGAUUUCUGGCGCAAGAUGUUCAAAUCCCAGAGUGCAGCGAGUGACACCAGCAGCCAGUCUGAGCAGGACACCUCAGAAUGCACCACUGCCCACUCAGGGACCACCUCUGACCGGCGCACCCGCUCACGGUCCCGUAGAAUUUCCCUCCGAAAGAAGCUUAAACUCCCCAUAGGAAACUGGCUGAAACGAUCCUCCCUCUCAGGCCUGGCAGAUGGUGUGGAGGACCUCCUGGACAUCAGCUCUGUGGACCGCCUCUCUUUCAUCAGGCAAAGCUCCAAGGUCAAAUUCACCAGUGCUGUAAAGCUUUCUGAAGGUGGACCAGGGAGUGGAAUGGAAAACGGGAGAGACGAAGAGGAGAAUUUCUUCAAGCGUCUUGGUUGCCACAGUUUUGAUGACCAUCUGUCUUCCAACCAAGAUGGCGGAAAAAGCAAAAACGUGGUGAAUCUUGGAGCAAUCCGACAAGGCAUGAAGCGCUUUCAAUUUCUGUUAAACUGCUGUGAGCCAGGGACAAUUCCUGAUGCAUCGAUCUUGGCAGCCGCCUUGGAUCUUGAAGCGCCUGUAGUAGCCAGAGCAGCGCUGUUCCUGGAAUGUGCCCGUUUUGUUUACCGCUGCAACCGUGGCAACUGGCCAGAGUGGAUGAAAGGGCAUCAUGUGAAUAUCACCAAGAAAGGCCUUUCCAGGGGACGGUCUCCCAUUGUGGGCAACAAGCGGAACCAGAAGCUUCAGUGGAACGCUGCCAAGCUCUUCUACCAAUGGGGAGACGCAAUUGGCGUCCGGUUGAAUGAGCUGUGCCAUGGGGAAAGUGAGAGCCCAGCCAACCUUCUGGGUCUCAUUUAUGAUGAGGAGACCAAGAGGAGACUGAGAAAGGAGGAUGAGGAGGAAGACUUUUUAGAUGACAGUACUGUGAACCCCUCUAAAUGUGGCUGCCCCUUUGCCUUGAAGAUGGCAGCAUGCCAGCUUCUCCUGGAGAUUACCACCUUCCUGCGAGAGACCUUUUCUUGCCUGCCCAGACCACGCACUGAGCCUCUGAUGGACUUGGAGAGCUGCAGACUUCGUUUGGAUCCUGAGUUGGACCGGCACAGAUAUGAGAGGAAGAUCAGCUUUGCUGGUGUCCUGGAUGAAAAUGAAGACUCAAAAGAUUCCCUUCACAGUAGUAGCCACACCCUCAAAUCAGAUGCAGGUGUUGAGGAGAAGAAAGUUCCCAGCAGGAAGAUCAGGAUAGGAGGUUCCCGCCUGCUCCAGCUUAAAGGAACCUGCAGUUUCCAGGUGAAGAAGGGGGGUUCCUUGUCCAGCAUUCGCCGGGUCGGCAGCUUAAAGAGCAGCAAGUUAUCACGGCAGGACUCAGAGUCUGAGGCUGAGGAGCUGCAGCUGUCCCAGAGCAGGGACACUGUCGCUGACCUAGAAGGGAGUCCUUGGAGUGCAAGUGAGCCCAGCAUUGAGCCAGAGGGAAUGAGUACAGCUGGCACGGAGGAAAAUUACCACAGGAACAUGUCAUGGCUUCAUGUCAUGAUCUUGCUGUGCAAUCAGCAAAGCUUCAUCUGCACCCACGUUGACUACUGCCACCCUCACUGCUACCUGCACCACAGCCGCUCCUGUGCCCGGCUUGUCAGGGCCAUUAAGCUGCUCUACGGAGACUCCGUGGACUCCCUCCGAGAGAGCAGCAGCGUCAGCAACGUGGCUCUCCGGGGCAAGAAGCAGAAAGAGUGCUCAGAUAAAUCAUGCCUGAGGACACCUUCUCUGAAAAAGAGAGUUUCAGAUGCCAACCUAGAGGGGAAAAAGGACUCUGGAAUGCUGAAAUACAUCAGACUACAGGUAAUGAGCCUGUCGCCUGCUCCCUUAUCUCUGCUAAUCAAGGCAGCACCAAUUCUGACGGAGGAGAUGUAUGGAGACAUCCAGCCAGCUGCCUGGGAGCUCCUGCUCAGCAUGGAUGAGCACAUGGCGGGGGCAGCAGCGGCCAUGUUCCUGUUGUGUGCGGUGAAAGUCCCCGAGGCCGUGUCUGAUAUGCUGACAUCAGAGUUCCACCACCCGGAGACCGUGCAGCGGCUGAACGCUGUCCUUAAGUUCCACACGCUUUGGAGGUUUCGCUAUCAGGUCUGGCCCCGGAUGGAAGAGGGAGCACAGCAGAUUUUUAAGAUCCCGCCUCCCAGUAUAAACUUCACCCUGCCCUCCCCAGUGCUUGGAAUGCCAUCUGUCCCGAUGUUUGACCCCCCUUGGGUCCCUCAGUGCAGCGGGAGUGUCCAGGACCCCAUUAAUGAAGACCAGUCUAAAUCCUUUUCAGCCCGGGCUGUGUCCCGCUCCCAUCAAAGGGCAGAACACAUCUUAAAGAACUUGCAACAGGAGGAAGAGAAGAAACGUCUUGGUCGAGAAGCCAGCCUCAUCACCGCCAUCCCCAUCACCCAGGAGGCUUGCUAUGAGCCCACCUGCACACCCAACUCAGAGCCAGAAGAAGAAGUAGAAGAAGUCACCAAUCUGGCAUCCCGUCGACUGUCUGUGAGCCCAUCCUGUACCUCCAGCACUUCCCACAGGAAUUAUUCCUUCCGCCGAGGGUCAGUCUGGUCAGUGCGUUCAGCCGUCAGUGCUGAAGAUGAGGAACACGCCGCCGAACACACGCCCAGCCCGCACGUGCCUCAGCCCCCUCAGGCUGUGUUCCCGGCAUGCAUCUGUGCAGCAGUGCUUCCCAUUGUCCAUCUGAUGGAGGAUGGUGAGGUGCGGGAAGAUGGAGUAGCAGUGAGUGCUGUGGCCCAGCAAGUCUUAUGGAAUUGUCUAAUUGAAGAUCCAUCAACAGUUCUUCGACAUUUCCUGGAAAAACUGACCAUCAGCAAUAGACAAGAUGAGUUAAUGUACAUGCUGCGCAAACUUCUCCUGAAUAUCGGAGACUUUCCUGCUCAGACCUCUCACAUCCUAUUCAACUACUUGGUGGGAUUAAUCAUGUACUUUGUGCGGACCCCCUGCGAGUGGGGGAUGGAUGCCAUUUCAGCCACUCUGACUUUCCUGUGGGAGGUGGUCGGUUAUGUAGAAGGCCUGUUCUUCAAGGAUCUGAAGCAGACCAUGAAGAAAGAGCAAUGUGAGGUCAAGCUCCUGGUGACCGCUUCAAUGCCAGGUACCAAAACCUUGGUAGUUCAUGGACAGAAUGAGUGUGAUAUCCCAACCCAGUUACCGGUCCAUGAAGAUACUCAAUUUGAAGCCCUGUUAAAGGAGUGUCUGGAGUUUUUUAAUAUCCCAGAAUCCCAGUCUACACAUUACUUUCUCAUGGAUAAACGAUGGAACCUUAUCCACUACAAUAAGACCUAUGUUCGGGAUAUUUACCCUUUUAGGAGAUCCGUGUCUCCACAGCUGAACCUUGUACAUAUGCAUCCAGAGAAAGGACAGGAGCUCAUUCAGAAACAGGUAUUCACUCGGAAGCUGGAGGAAGUGGGGAGGGUUUUGUUUCUCAUCUCCCUCACCCAGAAGAUCCCCACAGCCCACAAGCAGUCCCACGUCUCCAUGCUCCAGGAAGACCUCCUCCGACUGCCCUCAUUCCCUCGAAGUGCUAUUGAUGCGGAGUUUUCACUCUUCAGCGAUCCUCAAGCUGGGAAGGAGCUGUUUGGCCUCGACACUCUUCAGAAAAGCUUGUGGAUCCAGCUCCUGGAGGAGAUGUUCCUGGGCAUGCCAAGCGAGUUUCCCUGGGGAGAUGAAAUCAUGCUUUUCCUCAACGUUUUUAACGGGGCUCUGAUCCUGCACCCAGAAGACAGUGCCCUGCUCAGGCAGUACGCGGCCACCGUCAUCAACAGCGCUGUGCACUUCAAUCACCUCUUCUCCCUCAGCGGCUACCAGUGGAUUCUGCCCACCAUGCUGCAGGUGUACUCUGACUAUGAAAGCAAUCCCCAGUUGCGUCAAGCCAUUGAAUUCGCCUGCCAUCAGUUCUACAUUCUACACCGGAAGCCCUUUGUACUCCAGCUGUUUGCAAGUGUGGCCCCUCUCCUGGAGUUUCCUGAUGCUGCCAAUACUGGGUCCAGCAAAGGCGUGUCAGCUCAGUGCCUGUUUGACUUGCUGCAGUCGCUGGAAGGGGAGACCACUGACAUCCUAGACAUCUUAGAGUUGGUCAAAGCUGAGAAGCCUCUUAAGUCAUUAGAUUUCUGCUAUGGAAACGAAGACCUGACUUUCUCUAUAAGUGAAGCCAUUAAGCUCUGUGUUACUGUGGUGGCAUAUGCUCCUGAGUCAUUCAGAAGUCUUCAGAUGCUGAUGGUCUUGGAAGCUUUGGUGCCAUGUUACCUACAAAAGCUAAAGAGGCAAACGUCACAAGUGGAGACAGGGCCCGCUGCCCGAGAGGAGAUCGCCGCCAUGGCUGCUCUUGCGACAUCGCUGCAGGCCCUUUUAUACAGUGUAGAGGUCCUCACCAGGCCCAUGACGGCCCCCCAGAUGAGCAGGUGUGACCAGGGUCAUAAAGGGGCCACCACAGCCAACCACACCAUGUCGUCUGGGGUGACUACCAGGUACCAGGAACAAGGCGCCAAACUGCACUUUAUCAGAGAAAACCUGCACUUACUGGAGGAAGGGCAGGGCCUUCCCAGAGAGGAACUAGAUGAACGGAUUGCUCGGGAGGAGUUCAGAAGACCCCGGGAGUCACUGCUGAACAUCUGCACCGAGUUCUACAAGCACUGCGGGCCCAGGCUGAAGAUCUUGCAAAACCUGGCUGGGGAACCGCGGGUCACUGCCCUGGAGUUGUUGGACGUGAAGUCCCACAUGAGGUUGGCAGAAAUUGCACACUCCCUUCUGAAGUUGGCACCAUACGACACCCAGACAAUGGAGAGCCGUGGGCUUCGACGCUACAUCAUGGAGAUGCUCCCCAUCACCGACUGGACAGCCGAAGCAGUGCGGCCGGCCCUUAUCCUCAUUUUAAAGAGAUUGGAUAGGAUGUUCAACAAAAUUCAUAAGAUGCCUACUUUGAGGCGACAGGUUGAGUGGGAGCCUGCCAGCAAUUUGAUUGAAGGGGUUUGUUUGACACUUCAGAGGCAGCCAAUCAUAUCCUUCCUGCCUCACCUUAGGUCACUGAUCAAUGUCUGUGUCAAUCUGGUGAUGGGAGUGGUAGGACCCUCCAGUGUUGCUGAUGGAUUACCCCUUCUUCAUCUCAGCCCUUAUCUCUCACCACCUCUGCCCUUCAGCACAGCUGUUGUCCGGCUUGUAGCAUUGCAGAUACAGGCUUUAAAAGAAGAUUUUCCUUUAAGCCAUGUGAUCUCCCCAUUCACCAAUCAAGAGCGAAGGGAGGGGAUGCUUUUAAAUCUGCUCAUCCCAUUUGUGCUCACAGUAGGAUCUGGAAGCAAAGAUAGCCCAUGGCUGGAGCAGCCUGAGGUGCAGCUGCUACUGCAGACAGUCAUUAACGUGUUGCUGCCUCCACGGAUCAUCAGCACGUCCAGGAGCAAGAACUUCAUGUUGGAGAGCUCCCCCGCCCACUGCUCCACCCCCGGGGAUGCGGGCAAAGACUUGCGCAGGGAAGGGCUGGCAGAGUCCACCAGCCAAGCAGCAUACUUGGCGCUGAAGGUGAUUCUCGUCUGCUUUGAGAGGCAGCUCGGCAGCCAGUGGUACUGGCUGAGCCUCCAGGUGAAGGAGAUGGCCCUGCGGAAGGUCGGCGGCCUGGCCCUGUGGGACUUCCUCGACUUCAUCGUGCGGACCCGCAUCCCCAUCUUCGUGCUCUUGCGCCCUUUCAUCCAGUGCAAGCUUCUGGCCCAACCAGCAGAGAACCAUGAAGAGCUUUCUGCCCGACAACAUAUCGCUGACCAGCUGGAACGGCGUUUCAUUCCACGCCCUCUGUGUAAGAGCUCCCUCAUUGCUGAGUUCAACAGUGAACUAAAAAUUCUAAAAGAGGCAGUUCACAGUGGAUCAGCCUACCAAGGGAAGACGUCCAUCAGCACCGUGGGUACCUCCACCUCUGCUUACCGCCUGAGCCUGGCCACCAUGUCGCGCUCCAACACAGGCACCGGCACAGUCUGGGAGCAGGACAGUGAGCCGUCCCAGCAGGCUUCACAGGACACCCUGAGUCGAACUGAUGAGGAGGAUGAGGAAAAUGACUCUGUCAGCAUGCCCAGUGUGGUAAGUGAACAAGAAGCUUACCUCCUGAGUGCCAUUGGAAGGAGGCGGUUCUCCAGCCACGUCUCCAGCAUGUCUGCACCUCAGGCUGAGGUGGGCAUGUUACCCAGCCAAAGUGAACCUAAUGUCCUCGAUGACUCCCAGGGCCUGGCCGCCGAGGGCAGCCUCUCUAGGGUGGCGAGUGUGCAGAGUGAACCUGGCCAACAGAACCUCCUUACUCAGCAGCCGCUGGGGAGGAAGAGGGGCCUGAGGCAGCUAAGACGUCCUCUACUAUCACGUCAGAAGACUCAGACUGAACCCAGAAACCGCCCCGGGGCUCGGCUGUCAACCACCCGCAGGAGCAUUCAACCUAAAACGAAGCCAUCUGUGGAUCAGAAACGAUCUGUGACCUUCAUCGAGGCUCAGGCGGAGCCAGCCGGUGCCCCAACAGACAUGCUUCCUGCCACAGGCCAGCCACAGGGCUGCAGCCCAGCCCCAUCCAGGAAACCAGAUGGAAUGGACAAACCAGUGCUCACGUCUUCCCCCGCCAUUGUUGUUGCUGACCUUCACAGCCUGUCUCCCAAGCAGGGUGAGAGCCUCCCAGCUGAAGAAGGAGAAAAGAAGGAGGACACAGAAAUACAAGGUGCUACAGCACAUAGUCCCCUCUCUACUCAACUCUCAGACCCUGAUGACUUCACAGGCCUUGAGACAUCUAUCCUCCUACAGCACGGAGACACUGUCCUUCACAUCAGUGAGGAAAAUGGCAUGGAGAACCCCCUCCUCUCCAGUCAGUUCCCUUUUACUCCCACUGAGCUGGGGGAGACUGAGGUAGACCUAGAUGAGUCUCAUGUUUAA